AUGAAGACGGGCGACGAGGCGGACGUGACCCCUAAGAGGGACGGCGGCGUGGUGAAGAAGGUGACCAAGGACGGCGAGGGCACGGAGCGGCCGGGCAAGGGUGCCGAGGUUGCCGUGCACUACGUCGGGACUCUCGAGGACGGGACAAAGUUCGACAGCAGCGUGGACAGGGGCGAGCCCAUCCGGUUCACGCUCGGGGUCGGGCAGGUGAUAAAGGGCUGGGACCUGGGCGUCGCGAGCAUGCGGAAGGGGGAGAAGGCGACGCUGACGAUCAAGCCGGAGUACGGGUACGGGGACGCGGGCGCGGGUGGGGUCAUCCCGGGCGGCGCCACCCUCCUCUUCGACGUCGAGCUGGUCGAGUGGAAGUCGAGCUAA